AUCUUUUCGAAGUUGACAGUAUCAUAAUGGAAUUGUGAUAGAGAGAAAUAACACUAAAUCUUGCAUGAUGAACAAAGUAGCAAUAACCAUUUGCAUAAAUAGGUCAAUUGACAGCGGUUGACCUCGUGAAUGUGGAGGAUUAUAUGGCAAUGACCUCCACUCCAAUGUUUGUAAAUGUGAACCAAUCAGAAAGCAGACAGAGAUCUGGAGCGAAUUACAACUAAGUGUCGUUUAACAGAUUUUGCUUAUCCCACUCUUGUUUAGUUUCUAAUUGUUGUCGAUCGCUCCCAUUAAUAAAUGUAAUCGCAAUCUAUAUGGUUGUUGAAUCGACUCAGUUCUGUUGUUAUCAUCCAAAGCUCUCUAUGACCACGCAGUUCUGCACGUCGCCUGCAUUCAAAGUACUUUCAGGAGGAAAUGUGGGUUUACAAUGCAGUUUUUGUCAUCAUAUUAUUUGAAGACCUGUGGCUUGCAGAGUUCAAGAGUGUUGAUUCACAUUGUAUGUUGGCUAGAGAAAUCUUAAAUAAACACAUUUCCCGUCCUUUUGAACCUAAUCAGCUGGUUAAUUUGUGCAAAGAGAACAGCGGUUCAGAGUCCAAUGAUUGCUGUAAUCAAGAGUCGCUGAAAAACAUUGUGUUUUUUGGCGCAUCUGAAUUCACUGAGCACUGGCGCAUAUUCUGGCUUAACAUAAGUCAGAAUUUAAGGGAAGACGCUCGUUAUCUGCAAGACUAUAUGUUAGGGAGUUUAAAGCUAACAUUGCAAAGUUUUCAUGACCUCUUUGUAAAUUCCUACGGAUAUAACUAUGAUCAAAACAAGGAUUUCGUUGAGGCAUUCUUCCAUGAACUGGAAAGUUAUAUGCUGGGAAACCGGCAAGAUAUAGCGUCGUUGGUUGAUGACUUUUUCGAUGGCCUGCUAAUCCGUGCACUCCAUGUAAUGCUGUUUGUAAAAACUGAACCGGAUAGUAUUGUAGCCAACUGCGUUGCAUCCAAGUUGAGACCUCUGAAGCCAUUUGACCAAGCGCCCGAGAUAAUAAGGUUUAUGGCAACUCGCGCAUUUCCUCCUCCUAGGAUUCUUAGGAAUAGUCUCCUUUUAGGAGAUCACGUGGUUCAGUUUUUAUCAAAGAUAACAGUGAAUGAUAGUUGUAUAAAUGAAUGGAUUAAAUUACGUUACUGUAAUUUAUGUUCAGGAGUAAUCCAACCCCUCAUUUGUCGACAUAGUUGCUUUAGUCGUUUGUCCACAUGUUUUUUGUUAUGGACUGCUUUUGAUAAAUACUGGCUAUCAUUUAUUGAUCAGGUUGUUCGUGUUGCUGAACGUUUAAAAGACUCCAAAAUUUUCCCCCAGGUUAUUCGACCAUUACAAAUACAUAUAUCUGACGCUAUCAUGAAUCUUCAAACUAUACUCUUUCGAUUGGAUCAAUCUGAUGAAUUAUUCAAUAACUGUUUAUUAGAAAACUCAAAAGAGAAUCAGUCGUUUCUUUCCAGGACUGAUUUUAGGCAACGACGACAUCCGAAAUUUGUAUUUGUUGAUCAUGAUACCUUAGUUCAGGAUUACAAACAUCCUUAUAUUUACGGGAAUUAUGAUAUCCUGAAAUCAUGGGCAGACAGUAUUCGUAACAAGUAUCUCUCUGUACGCAAACCAUUUUCUAACAUCAUCAAGUAUUUUUGUAGUGAGGAUCUUCUACGUGAUUCAAAGAAAAGUAGUGACCAUUUAUGUUGGACAGGUGAUAGAUUAACACAUACGUCAAAUAUAACCGUAAAUCUGAUCGAAAAUGAAUCGUUUCUUAAGAUAAAUCCUAUGGCUGUCCAUGUCAUUAAAGAUCUACAACACAUAACUGAAAUGAUGCAAUCUGUAAUUCAAAAUAAUUCUGAUCCUCAUUAUGUGCCGAUUAAAGAGGAAAGUAGAAUUCAAUCUAUAGAUAACGUAACUGUCUUCCUUCCAUUGCCGAGUUAUUCAACAACAAACCCAACAGUUCUAAUGUACGGAGCUGAAACUUGAAGAACUACUACAGAUAUCAUCAAAACAUAUACGUAUUUUAUAAACAAUUGUCUACUCAAGAUACUCAAUUUCCGUCGGCCGGAUACCAUCAGCAACAACCUUCUGUGGCGGAGAACACACUGGGAUCUAGCUGGAUAGGACAUAAAUUACGGAGAUCAACAAACUGCAUCACAAGGCAAGCGCUUACAGGAAAACGAAAAAGAGAAAGGCCGAAGUACACGCUACGUCGGGAAUUGGAAACAGACAUGAAAAGGGUGAAUAGCAACUGGGAAGAUUUGUCUGGUAUAGAGUAGGAUGGAGAAUGCUCAUGGACGGUCUAUGAUCUUCCUCGAGGAGUGACGGGAGUAAGUAAGCUUUCUUUCAGCCUACUUAAACACUAACAAACAUCACACAUGUAGAUGGACAGUGGUUAUGCCCAUAAGUGUCCUGUAUUGUUCUAACCACCUUAAUCGAUGGAGAUUCGCUGAAUCACCAACCAAUUUUCCACCUAUCCCUGAUACCACUUAUCUAACUUCAGCACUGCUACCUCGAAAGUUCCGACAUACGCGAGUGAUGCUCUGAGGGUAUCUAUGGUUGGAUGCCUGCAGCUUACGCAUGUUUUUUUACUUUCUAGGACCAUAUUGCUUCGCUAUAUCAUAGUAUAUCUUACUAUUAACAUAUACUUUUUACGUGCUAUGAUUAGUUAUCUAGUCC